AAUGAAUACUGUCAAAGAGUUGAGUGAAGUGUCUUGUGAUAAAUAAGAGAAUAUUGAAAUUGAGAAAGAGAACUCAUUUACAUAUGAGGAGCCUCAUUAUAUAGUAGAUAAAGAGAUGGUAAUGAUUCUGUUUAAAAUGAACUAGUAGGAAUAAUAGUAGAAUGAUAUUCAAUUGUAAGUCUAUUCACCAUAGUAGUUAUUACAAUUAAAAAAACCAAACCCUGUUAAUUUUGAUGAAUUCAUAUUAGAUGAAGAUCCUAAAAAGAAAGUAUGUAUCUGGUAAGAAAACACUAUUGUCGAAUAAUCAGAAGUUCAAAUAAUGGGAGAUUUAGAAAGACUAGCAGAACAAUUAUAAAGAGAUAAUUAGAAAAAAUUUUCUUAUCCUAAGAAUUUGCCUGCUCCUUCAAAUGUUGAUGAUCACUUAGUAGAAUUGAAUAUGCGUUUUACUCCUUCUUAAAAACAAGAUGAAUUUAUUUCAAAUUAUGUAAAAGGUGAUGAUCUACUAAGAAUCAAAGUAGGAUUAUGUGAUGAAAUUUUGAAUGAUGAAGAGACUUUAAAAUUUGAAGAUUGGGUUGAAUAAUUGUGUACAUCAACUAAUUAUGAAUCUCUUAAGGAAAUGGCAAGGAAAUAGAAAGUUAAGAGAUAUUUAGAAAAAAAACAUAAUCGUACUUAUGAAAAAAAAGUUCAUUAUCAUAUUAGAUAGAAGGUUGCUGAAGAGAGAUUAAGAAUCAAAGGUAGAUUUGUUACUUGGAGUUAAGUAAUAUAUAUAUAUAAUUCAUUUUUUAUAGGCUUUAAAUAUGUUAAAUGAAUAAGAUUAAAAGAAAUCAUGGAGUUAUAAUGAUUAUGUAAAAAUAAAAGGGUUAUUGAAUGAAAAGUUUGGAGGAAUCAAAAGCGAGAAGUCACUGAGAUUUUGA